CUCCCCUUCGCCAUCCUCGCUCUACCGGUUCCUUUUUGAAAGAUGAGUACGGCGGCACGCGAUCUCGAGCAGCAGCAGCAGCAGCAGCAGCGCGAUCGGCAAGCAGCGGACCGGCCUGUGGCUCAGUGCCGGAUCUGCGCGGCCGACAUCGCCGCCGCCGACGACGACGGGAUGCACAUUUUCGCCGAGGACGGCCGGCGUCAUUACCUGCAGACCAAAAUACGGAAAUAUCUGCACAUCCUGGUGUCGUCGGAGGACAAAUUCUCGAAGAUGGUCUGCUCGACGUGCAUCAAGAGGCUGGAGGGCGUUCAUCGCUUCGCGAUGAUGGCUUACCGCACCCAGGAGAAGCUGAGAUCGCAGCUUUAUGGUAACGUUGACAAUACAAAUCCUGUACAAGACGACGAGAUACAGAGUAUUAAAGAUAUGCAAGAUACCGCGAAGAGGACGGAGGACCGCGGGCUGUUACAUUCGAUAUUGACAAAGGGUGCGAUAGAAAUUUUAACCGAAGACGAGCCACUGGGACCAUCGGAAUCAAAUUCCCACGAGGAGAAACGUUGCACUCCGAGCAUGGAGGAAAUGGAGGUGAAAGUGGACCCGAUGCUAUUUUUACAGUGCGGCAUGGAACAGUCUACGUCCGAAGCUUCAGACUCCUCGGAUAACGAGGAGGAAAUAACGAGGACACACACGCCGGAGCCGUUGCCUUUAACGAACAAGAAUACUGAAGUGGAGGAGGAGGACGACGGUGAAUCCAAGUUGCACGAGGACAGUGGGAAAGCCGCAUCCAAUGCACCAGCGAAACCACACGAGUGUACAAUAUGUGCCCGAUCUUUUAUAUCGCAAAUUGGAUUGCAAAAUCACUUGUGGUCGCAUUUACCCAGAGAGAGAAGAUUCGACGGAAAGCCUAUUUUACAAUCCCAACACGUUUACUCUACGAAUGGUGUGCUUCACACGAACAGUGAUAACAAUUCGUCCAGCAACUUCAUCUGUCCAAUCUGCAGUAAAAAGAUUUCUACGAAGGGAAAUUUGAAAGUGCAUUUAGAGACUCACAGGCCUAAAGGAAAGUACGGCUGCGACAUAUGUGGAAGAAUUUUCAAAACUCAGUCGAAUCUGUUCAGACACAAGGAGUAUCACGGCGGCGUACAGUUUCCAUGUAAUGUAUGCGGGCGAGUAUAUCCAACGAAUUCGACGUUACGCGCCCACAGCAUAACGCACUCGGACUUGAGGCCGCACGCAUGCCCGCUUUGUGAUAAGACAUUCAAGCGAAAUCAGGAUUUAAAAUUCCACAUAAAUCAGCACACGGGUGCGAGGCCUUAUCAGUGUCCUUACUGUCCGAAAGCUUUCGCGAGCUCCGGCAACUGUUUUUCACAUCGUAAAAGAAUGCAUCCCCGGGAAGUCCAUCGAGAUCGACAGAGGGCGGCGGAUUUAAUGAGAUGAACCAUGGGCAGUCAAUACGAGGACUGGUCUUAGAAUUUCAGACGAACGUUCUGCCCAGGUGAUCGUAUACUGAUCAUGUAUUAGUAUCUGUCGUAUAAUGUAAACUUUAUUUCCAGAGAUUAACGGUGCUAAGGUACGAGAACGGAAAUUUUGUAUGUUUUAUUGUUCUUAAAUUAUUUAUAUACAUUUAGCGUUAAGUACGUUGUUGUUGGUAUUGUAUAUUUUGUUAGUUAUUUAUUGGAUACGUAUGUCUUUCUAUAUACUAUCUGAUAGAGAUGUUCGUUAAUAUGGGAUAUUGGUGAACUUCCAUUAUUGUUAGUAAGCUUAGCGUUGGAGCUUUACUACGGUAUAGCAAAGAAAGUAAGUUUGAAAUUUCAUAGCCAGAUUUAAGUAUUGAUACUUUUAGUCUUCUUUUCUACGCAUAUUAAUACAGUUUAUAUACAUAUUAUUUUAGCGGUAGGGAAAUGAUAAUUGUUAAAUGUUUCUAGGAACAUAUUGUAAUUGUAUUAUCGUAAAUGUAUCAUUUUUAACCGGUUAACACGUUUAAAUCCGACAGAUUGUGUUACGUAUUAGUACAUCUCGUUUCUAUAUUAAAAAUGCCCACACUGCCACUUUUUGUGAAGACUCUUUCAUUUUUCUUUUAUUUUUUCCGAUACUAUUAAAAUAUUAUUAGAAUAGGUAGUAGUAAUUAUGAUUUGCGUAUGAUUGUGUACUUUCACAAGAAAGUUUAUGUGUAGCAAGAUACGUAUUGUAAAACUAGUUCUAUACUCUAUACGACAUUAUCUUGACAACUCUGUGAUAAUUGUAUUGGUACUGGUCAUUUUAUACUGGUUAUGAAAUUUACAACUUACCAUAUAAUAGGAAUAUUAUUCUACGAGCAUAGAUUAUACACGAUUGUAGCAUUAUUCAAACAGUGACAAAGAUUCUAAAGAAAAAACACAUUAUUUUACUCACAGCGAUCAAGCAGAUAAUCCACAGGGAACUUUAUACGGAACAUAUGUAUCGACCAAAAAGCGAGAGGAGGAAAUUUUGCGGAAGGGAGAGGGGGGGGGGGAAAGAAGAGUUUUGUAGCCUGUGACAUAUUUUUAGCACAAUACAAACAUCAUCAUAAAUGUUAAGACUGUAUACGAAAAUUAUGUGUCAAAUUAGAUAAUAACUUUAAGGGCGGACAAGACCGAAUGUUAUAUGAAACAAGUCUAGUCGUCUAGCAGUAUUAAUUAUCAAUAAGCAAGACGUGUAGGUGCCGUAGUCGAUAUUACAAAUACGAUCAUGACGUUAUUCUUAUAAGCGAGAUAUAUGAGGUAAAUGUUAAACAGAAGUCUGAGUAGUUCUAGGAAGGCAUAGUUAAGUUAGUUAAUUAGUUAGACAGUUCAUGUAACGUAGAUAAUAGUCCGUGCUUCCGUAUACAUUCGCACACGCGCUAAAAACACCGCAGAAUGCGUAAAUAGAGAGCAUUACAGGCCCUGAGAAAGAAGCAAGUACACAUACAACAGUCAGUACACAAACAAUAAGUAGCUCGUAUUACGUAUUGCAGAGACAAAAAAAAAGAAAAACCACCAUGUGUAAUCACAUUAUAUUAAUACAGCAUUAUUAGCUCAUAGAGAUAUAAGCGUGUAUUUUGUGAUUACGUUUUUUCCGGACGCUUGCCGACAUAUAUUAUAUAUACAGACACUUAUAGACAUAGGUAACAAUAAAUAGUGAUAUAUAUAUAUAUUAUAUAUAUACAAAAAUAAUCAAUUUUUGACAGAGAAAGAGCAUCCGAGGUGAACCGGUGCUCGCGGCUCAAUCGUCAUCAUUCUUGCAUUUUAGACCUUAGAGAAUCAAAAAUUGAGUAUUUUUCUAAAACCGACACGCCAAAGACACACAGUCCUAGUAAUCGCGACUAGUAAUUAACAAUAAUUCAGAAGUGCCAGUUGUAAUGCAGAAAAUUAACAUAGCGUAUUUAGCAGCAGACAAAUAUCAUGGAGGAUCAUUCUGUAGAGUUAGUGCAAAAAUACACCAUCUGUGACGUAUAUAUAAAUAAGUUCAUUGUAUAAAAUUAUAUAUAUAUACACACACAUAUAUAUAUAUAUAUAUAUAGUCGGACUUGCAUCCCGCAUUCACGACAUUCGCAUAAAGAGAGAGAGAGAGAGAGCGAGAGAGAGAGAGACGUAUGUCGUUGACUGGCGCGUGCGUUAUCGAUGACCAUGUAAUUACGAAUAAAAACAACGCAACUUCAAACGACCACGUCAUUGAUACGGAAUGGAGUGGAAGGACACUUCAUCGACGAUAUGCGAACGACGAUAAACGAACGGCAUACAUAAAAUGCGAUAAUACGACCAUGGACCGGUUUCAAAGAAAUUUCACGAGGACUUUGCUCCCGAGCUGCACGGCAUUCAUCGUUUUAGGACACUUCAAACGGAUGGACGUUACAUUUUGUGUCCAAGUAAAAGCUAGUUACUUUAAGGCAACUUUCUUUCUCAUUCAAAAGCAUAUCGCACACGCUCUGUUUACUGCCAUUUAGAUUUAUUCAUCCGUAAUCGAUUCUAUAAGUGGAGUUAAUGGAAACCCGAGUGGCAGGGUAAAAAAAAAGGAAGAAAAUCUUACUUUCAUAAGAAUAAAAUUGUCUUGAUGCACCGUUUUAUCUGUAUCGUUAUCUCUUAUUUUACUUCUAGAUUUCCUUUCGAACUUAAUUUCGUAGAUACGUGAUAGUUGCAGGUCUGUCCUCGAUUUGGAAGGUUUUGACGUCAGGCGAUAUCGCGGAUGAUGAACAUCUCCCGAGUAUCGCAUUCGGUGACCAGAAGAUUGCAAAAUGGCGUACAGAGUAAACGCAAUAAGUAAAUUUCCGUGCAUUUCACCCAACGAAGAGAAAGGUGAAGAGGGGCUCGUAUGCGUACUUUUAUAUGUCUGUACGCGAUAUCGGACGGAGAUACGUAUCGUGACCGUUUUAGCUUUCUCGGAAUUGUUAUCAACAGAUUUUACAAUUACUUUACAACGAUAAAUAAGCCACGUGCAUUACUGCGUAAUGUCUUGCAUUCAGUGCGGAAAACUCAUGGCUGUCAAUAUAUAACUAAGCAAGCAGCCUUUUACUUAUAAUUUAAAUGUAUCCAACGCCCAUAGCCUUUCGUAUUAUCUAAGCGCAUUGCGUAACACGUUAUUUGCGUCUAAUUUCACCUAGCAUGCGUGUAACUUAUUACUAACAGCGCAUUACUCCUCUGCUUCGAAGAUUAAUCUUAUCUAAUCGACACUUUUUGUUCGCUGUGUUUAUGAUUCUUUAAGUGACGCAGCUUUUUUUUAACGUCUUGCAUAGAGUGGAAGAAUUUGCACGCACGGAAUGCACAGCGCGACUCUCCGAGACGGAGAAAAAGCGGCAUUUUCCCUUGGCAUUAUGUCCUUUUUAAAUGAGAGCAAGGCUGAAACGUUUUCUUCUUUCGGCACUGUGACCUAACACUGUGCAUUUCGUGUGCGCGAGUUACUCCGUACUUCUGCAAGUUACUCCGUACAGUAUAAGCAACGCAAAUAUCAGUAAUACCGAUAUAAUUAAAUAAUGCAAGUAUUAAGAACGUUAACUUUUAGUUUGUCUUUUUGACAGCAAGUCAUGCGAUGAUCAGUUGUGCUUAAUUGCAGAUAUUUCGCGGCGACGUUCGAUUACAUUUUAUUGUCACUAUGCAGAAAUCAAAGAGAAAUGGGAAACUGAUAUCUCCCUCGUAGAAUACGGAUGCGCGUUCGAUUACAUUUUAUUGUCACUAUGCAGACAUCAUAGAGAAAUGGGAAACGGAUAUCUCCCUCGUAGAUAUCUACGGAUGCGCUCGGUAAAACUUAAGCGAUGACUCGGUAUGUGUAUUGGAAUAAAGAUAGCAAAUAAGAUACAGCGCGAUAUGUCAGUUAUCCGCGAAGCACACAGUUUUCGCAUCAUAACAUCGUCGCGUCGCGAAUUACGCAAUACACACGCCGCGAGAUAUUGAUCACGAUUUCAAAUUCGGAAUCUUUCCUCUGCGGAAUCGCUAUUGGUUACCGGUAAACAAUACCGCCGGGGAAAUUGACGUCUAUGUAUACGUUCGUUCGCACACGUGCAUGAUGCACGCGCGUUUUGAACUGCGGGAAGGAGGUAAACGAGUUUGCCCUAGUUUUCGCUUACAUCUUGCUCAAACACCGCAAUAUUCCCUUAUUAAUCCUUUAUCCCAUCAUUGAAGUGCAGUAUUGAAACAAGUAUUAAAGUCUCCACCGAGAGAGACUUUACUAUUACCAAAGAAACUGUAUCAAUUUUGUAUCUUAUCACCAAAGUAUGCUUUCGUAAAUUUAGAGAAUUCCCCACGCUCUCUCUUUCUAAAUACUCUUUAGAUCGUAUCACUCGAAUGCAUUUAUUCCUCCAAAGAAGGAAAAGCAUUCAGGAAGAAAGAUAUCGCUACGAUUAGAAAAAUAGUAGGGAAUCGUUACCGAUCCAGCCAUGAUAUUUUCAAUGUAAAAUGUUCAUCUUUUUAGACUUUAAACGGCAUUAACCCAAGUAGAAUCUAUUAGUCAUGAAAACAUUAAGAUGACGUCAUUUUUUUAUGCAUCACGGUGACGUCAAAACAGCCCACCGAGAGCACCUAUUUGUGACAUCAUUAAGACAUCAAAAUGUCGUAAAAAUGAUCUUGAUUUACGAAGCAUUAAAGUUAAUUAAAUAUUAUACAUUAAAAAUAAAUUGAAGUAAUAUAAGAUAAACAUAACAUAUGACUGAUCGUGUAAUCUGUAAUAUAAUAUUAUUAUUAUACACAUCACGAAUAUCAUAAAUCAGUCAUUGCAAAGUAAAUCUUGUUGUCGAUCAUUUUAUGACGUAAGAUUCAUCAUUUUAAUGCCACAUUGACGUUUUUGUGAUUAACUUGUUCUACUUGGGAAUUCGCGUCUAAGCAACGAAGCAAACUAAUUACAAGUUCACCACUUGCUAGUGUAACGCCAAGUAUAGUAUUGCUGGCAUGCCGAUAUGCGAUCCUCGUUGACCUUCUAACUUACUCCGUAAGUAUUCCUCGCAUAAUUCGUAUUCUGCUUCUUUUUUAUUAUUCACCUUUUUUUACCUUGAAUUGUCAGCCGUGUCAACUUGCGUCCGAGCAACUAAACUAGCUAAGAUUUUACCGUGCUGGCGCAAAACUAAUAUAUAGAUGAUAGAUGUUAUAUGCGACGUCGAUCCUCGUUGAACUCGCAAUCCGAAAGAGUCGGUAGGCCUGCGCUCCAUGAAGAUAAUCACAGAGAUAAUAGAAGCAGAAUACGAAUAAUGCGAAACAUGCGUACGGAGCAAGUUAGAAGUUAAAAUUGUAAUUAGCUUGUUAUGUUAUUGCUUAGACGUGAGUCGAUGCAAUUCAAAGUCUGAAAAGGUCAUCGACAUUUUACAUUGAAAAUAUCACAUCUAAAAGAUAGCACGCCGCUCCUUUUACGAGAUAUAAGAUGGUGAAAAAAAUAUAUUCUGCUAUAAUAAAAGACUUGUUUAUCUCAAUAGAGUCACGACAAUUCUAUUAAUGCAAUGAGCAACACGCAAGUCUAAAAAAACGAGGUGCUUUUCAUGUUUUCUGAGCAGAAAUAUGAAACGCGGCGUAAAGGUUUUGAACCGCGAACUUUUCCACAAAUAUACAACGGGCGGUGAUUAUUAAUAGAUUGUCGAUAUGCGGACUGAUUGUGAUGUGUAAACUCAUGCUUAAUAAUUAUACAUAUAGAUAUAGAUAAGACAGGGGAAAAAAAAGAAGAUUUGACGCGCCCACAAAAAUAUACAAAUGUUUCGAUACUCCGCGAUAUCUGCAUUGCUUCUAUGUGUACACUGCACGUGCAGGAAUGUAAAUUCCCUGACGCGCCAUUCUCUCUCAUGUAAAUAUGCAUACGAAAAUUCGUUUUGAGUAUGCAAGACGCACAUACGUUGCACAUUACAAAGGAAGCAUUUUCUUAUGCAGAAUGCAGUUUCAGUUUAUUUGCGGAAAACCAAAAUAACAGAAUAGGCAGCUAAUCAUUGUGUAUAACAAAUGCACCGUGUGUAAUAAUAGUGCACGUAACAGGCGGUGCAAAACGGGAAAAUUUUAUAGCCACAAGAAAAGAAGAAAAAUAAGAGUAUCCACGCGAGACCGAAGAAUUUUUACUAUCA